CGCUCAGCCGUACGGCAGUGAAUGUUGAGAUUUGAGAUAAAUAAAGCUAUCACUCAAGUACUCAGUAAAGAGAAGUGUUGUAAGCGAAAAUGUCACUUGUUCCGGAUUUAGUCGAACCGUUAAAAAUGGUGGAAAGAGAAAUAUUCGGUCCAAAAUCGAACCGCCCUUCCAACCAACUAGUGCCGUGGGAAUUUUUCCAGCCUUGGCAUAAUAUUUUCAGACCACUGGAACAGCUGUCUAAUGCGAUGAACCGUAUGAAUCUCAAAGAUGUGGACUUACAAAUCACCUCGGACUCUGACAAGUUCCAAGUAAACAUCGACGUGCAGCAUUUUGCUCCUGAAGAGGUAACUGUGAAAGUCAUAAAUGGAUUUGUAAUAGUUGAAGGCAAACACGAAGAAAAACGCGACGAGCAUGGAUAUAUUUCUAGACGAUUCGUACGAAGAUAUGCGCUGCCUAAAGGAUGUCUGCCCGACACGGUUAAGUCUACGUUCUCUACGGAUGGAGUUCUCACAGUCACUGCUCCAAAAGUUCUACCGUUACCUUCGACUGGCGAACGGAUAGUGCCGAUCACACACACUGGGCCAUUUAAGAAAUAAACUGUAUCUUCAGAGUUUGAAAAAGAGUGGAUUCUGUUAUUUCUGUUUAAGACUGAUUAUGUAUAUAUAUUACUGUGAUUUUAUUAAUUCAUUACUAUUUGUUACAAUGUGUAUUGUAAGUCAAAAUGAUGAUAAGAAAUAAAUUGUUUACAACUAAAUAAAA